UGGCAUGGAGAACGGGGGGUUGAGCGUGGUCAGGACUAGACACUGAGGUCGUGGCAGCAGCUGGUAGGAUGCGCAGAUCCUGGGGCGUGAGAGGAGAGGCCAAGCUGUCAGUCCUGUGUGAGAGGGCUUUUUCCAGAAAACUGGGGCACCACCCUCACUCCGUCUCUGGAUGCAGAGGUGCAGUCCCCUCUUGGGUCCAUCAGUGAGGUGCGGUGACAGUCCAGCUGAUCCAAAGAGCAAAAGGUUGAACCUUACUCAAAUUUGGCCUUGUCAGGCUCUGCCAGGCUCAGCUGGAGACUCAGGUUGGCUCAGGGUCUGGUGAUACAAAUCUGCCUUCCCCAGACCCUGGCUGGCCAAGCAGAGGGAAGAAGGGAAGCCAUUCUUAGGAGGAUUGGCGGUGAGGAAAAGCCAGCUGGGAAACAACAAUUUCCCAAGGAGAGUUCACCGUGCAGACACGGAAGUGAGGAAGAAGAGAGGAGGCCUGGAGAGUUGGGUAAAAACACAGACUUUGCAAAGCCACGGAAAGAUGUAUGACCAGCAGAAGCAAGUACAGUUCCCUCCAUCUUGUGUGAAAGGUUCGGGAUUGGGGGCUGCGAAAACCACCAAAGGUACUUCUGCAAAAGGUCCUGCUCCAUGCCAGACUGAAGCCUGUGUGAAAUGCCCAGCUCCAUGCUCAACCCAAACCUACGUGAAAUGCCCGGCUCCGUGCCAGACUCAGACCUACGUGAAAUGUGCAGCUCCUUUGCAGACCUUUGUGACGUGCCCAGCUCCGUGCCAGACGACCUACGUGAAAUGCCCAGCUCCCUGCCAGACGUAUGUGAAGUGCCCAGCUCCAUGCCAGAAGACCUAUGUGAAGUGCCCGGCCCCCUGCCAGACCCAGACCUGCUAUGUCCAGGCGCCUUCUCCCUGCCAGACCUACUACGUUCAGGCUCCUGCAAGUGCCUCAGGGCCCCAGUGUGGUGUCCCUGAUCCAUGCUCUGCUCCCUGUUCCACCAGCUACUGCUGCCUGGCUCCCCGGACCUUCGGGGUGAGCCCCCUGAGACGCUGGGUCCAACGGCCCCAAGGCUGGAAUUCAGGAUCAUCUGGUUGCUGUGAGGCUUCUGGGUGCGGCAGCUCCGGGUGUGGCAGCUCUGGGUGCUGCUGCUUGGGAAUUAUUCCCAUGAGAUCCCGAGGUCCCGCGUGCUGCGACCACGAGGAUGACUGCUGCUGCUAAGUGCGGAAGGACAGCCCUGCUCUACCUCCCGGGACGCUCACCAGCCUCUGCUCCCCUCCCUGUAUUCCCAGCGGUGUUGAAUCUCGUCGCUUCACCUCCCUGCUCUGCUUCUUUUUCAAGGCAGCCUGCCAGAGUUAGCGCAACUCCCAAGCUUUGGCAAGAAUAAAGCUCUGAAAGCAA